GACGUUGUCCCCCGGCUGACGCUGGAGCUCUGCAAGGAGGAUUUUCAGGUUCCCGCCAAAUCGUGCGGUGUGUGUGACAGCAGCAGGCGGAGGGAGCCCGCACACGAUUGUCUAUAGUCUGGGUGAAAUCUACUAUUAUAGCGAUGGCGUCGUUGUGCUUGCGGGGUACAAUUCGGAUACACUGCCUUAAUAUGGGAACAUCGAAAUGGAAGGAGGGAAGCUGUGAAGUUGUUGAAAAGGAUAACAAGUUCAGCCUGGUUGUGAAUUUCAAUGCUGGUGGGGUACCAGCAAAGUUUCAGCUUAAUCAGAACAUUAAAAAUGUUGUUCUAAGGACGUCUGGGACGAAGCAGAGUAGGAUAUUGCUCACUCUAAAAGAUUCUAGUUCUCUUACAAUUGAUAAGGUUCCAAGCAAGGACGCUCAGGAGCUGAAGCAUUUCCUGGAUAAUAUUCGCCUUGAGCGAAGUCAAGCAGUGAAACCAGCACAAGGAUCAGCAAGCUUUGGUGGCAUAUUGGGGAACAGAAGUACUCAGAUGGAAACCAUCCGACCCUUGGCUAUCAACCGAAACCAAACACCUACCAAGAGAGUAAGCUUUGAUGGUAAAGAUGAAACACCAGUGAAAAAACAGAUGAGCAGCAAUGGAAGAGCUCUAGUCAAAACCUCACCAAGCAGUGUGACCCCAGUUCGUGGUGGGAAUGCACCAACAACCUCUACUCCGCACAGGACUGGGUUGAUGGAGACCAGCACCAACAAGGCAAUGACAGAUCCUGCCCGCAAAUUUUUAACUAGUAGCCGCAAAAAACAGCAGAACCUGAAGCAGUUGGAAGAAAACCGCCAAGGUCUAAUGCCAUUGCAGUCAUCAUCCUUUUACAGUACAAGGUUCACCCCAAAAGAGUAUUCUGUGGGAAAUUCCUAUGCAGAGAGGACGCCAGGAACUACUCAAUCCCCAUCUGCUAAGAGAAGCUUAGUCCUUCCUUCCCAAUCUGGUCCUCUCUCUGUGAAAAAACUAAAACCAAAUCAGGACUAUACUGGAUGGAAUAAGCAAAGGGCUCUUUCAACACACCCCCAGCCACAACAGUUGCAGGGUUUCUCCAACUUGGGAAAUACCUGCUACAUGAAUGCAAUAUUGCAGUCCUUGUUUUCUCUGCAGCCUUUUGCCAAUGAUUUACUUAAACAAGGCAUCCCAUACAGGAGAAUUCCAUUGAAUGCAUUAAUCAGACGCUUUGCCUUUCUGCUGGCAAAGAAGGAUGUGUGCAGCGCUGAAAUGAAGAAGGAUUUGCUUAAGAAAGUGAAGAGUGCAAUCUCUGCGACAGCAGAACGUUUUUCAGGUUACAUGCAGAAUGAUGCCCAUGAAUUUUUAAGCCAGUGCCUUGACCAGCUGAAGGAAGACAUGGGAAAACUGAAUAAAACAUGGAAGUCCGAAUUAUCAUCAGGAGAUGAAGUUUUUGGCAGCAAAGCAAGUGACGACAUUGCUGCAACUCAUAUUUAUACCUGCCCUGUGAUCUGCAAUUUUGAGUUUGAGGCUCAGCAUUCAAUCAUCUGUAAAAUGUGUGGUGAAAAGGUUCUCAAGCGGGAACAGUUUAAUGAUCUCUCCAUUGAUCUUCCUCGUCGGAAAAAACAGUUGCCCUCCAGGUCUAUACAGGACUCCCUUGACCUCUUUUUCCGGAAGGAAGACCUUGAAUAUUCCUGUGAAAAGUGUAAUGGAAAGUCCGCUGUUGUAAUGCACAAAUUCAGCAGAUUGCCCAGGGUUCUAAUCCUUCACCUCAAACGAUACAGUUUCAAUGUGGCUCUUGCGCUUAAUAACAAAGUUGGCCAACAAGUGAUCAUUCCGCGGUACCUUACACUGUUAUCACAUUGUACAGAGAAUACCCGAACUCCUGUGUCUCUGGGAUGCAACACACCUGCUACAUUAAGCUCCCGUCCACUGAAAGCAUCUCAGAUGGUGAAUUCUUGUACUUUUGGAAACUCCACUACACUUAGAAAACAGAGCUUUAAAUCUGCAAGCAACUUGUCCAUCUGUCUGGAUUCUGAAAGUGAGGAUGAGCACCUGAAGAGGAAUGUAGUUCUCAGCCAGAGAACAAGUCACAAUAUUGUGAAAGAGCAGCAACCCGAAGACCAGGACAAGAAAUCCCGAGUGGAAAGUGCAAAAUGCUCAGAUCAGGCAGAUGGAAGCUUUGAGGAAAUGAAUGAUGAGGAGCUGGUGGCUGCUGUCCUGGAAAUGAGCAAAAAAGAAUUUUCACCAUGGCUCGCAGGCAAAGAUGAGGAGAAAUGCGCAAGCAGUCCAGACACCGGCUUUGGAGGAGAUGAUGAUCUGCAGGAAAAUGCUGAAAGUAUGGAAGUGUUAGAGGAAGAGACACUGACUGCUGUAAAAGAAUCUGGUGCUGCUCAGUAUAGUGACCAGGCCAAGGACUUUGAUGAGAAUAAAGAGAACAAGACUCCAGAAAGCUCACAGAAUGAGGCUGACUGGAUGCAGUAUGACCUGGAAAGAGAGCGUGAGGAACAAGAGCUACAGCAGGCUUUGGCUCAGUCUCUCCAGGAGCAGGAAGCUCGAGAAUUGAAGGAAGAUGAUGACUUAAAGAGAGCAACAGAGUUGAGUUUACAAGAGUUUAACAGCUCUUUCCUGGAUGAGAUGUCCGAUGAGGAUUCUGGAAAUGAGGAAGUUCUGGAUAUGGAAUAUACGGAGGAAGAAACAGAGGAACUGAAGAAAAAUGCAGAGAUUGGUGAGCUACCCCAUUCGUAUCGCCUUGUCAGCAUUGUCAGCCACAUCGGAAGCUCCUCCUCUUCUGGUCACUAUAUCAGUGAUGUGUAUGAUAUCAAGAAGCAAGCAUGGUUUACAUACAAUGACCUGGCUGUGUCCAGAACACAAGAGAACACUGUUCAGAGUGACAGAGAUCGAAGUGGCUACAUCUUUUUCUAUAUGCACAAAGAGAUCUUUGAUGAACUUGUUGAAGAGGAGAAAAAAUCCCAAGCUACGACCACUGAACCAAGCAGGUCAGCCAGACCCCCAAUGUGACUCCCCUGAAGGACCUGUACACUUGCACUGGACUAUGAAAUGUAUAGUUACUUUGGCUUUGUGAGGUGUAUCUUGCCUUGAAGAUAUGAAAAGCACAUUUAUGGAUCUCGUUGCCAGUUGUGUGACUAAUCUCCCAUACAAAGAUUGUGCCCGUAGCGCAUUUUGGAAACUGCUAUUGAAAGCUCACAGCUACAUUUUGCUAAUGAAAUUGCUAUUUUUUUUUCUUAUUUUUCUGUCCCGUCUUUUCAUCAAAACUAUGUUUUGACUUCUGAAGGGCCUUGGAUUAGUAAGCGACUUCAUGACACUAUUGUUGCAGUUUCUUAUGCUACCAGUGGAUGCUGUUUAAGUUUGUGCACAACCCCCAAAUUCCCGCCCCACACACCUUUUUUUUUUUUUCAACUUGCAUUUUGGAAGAUUUGCUAGCACUGGCACUGUUAAAUAGUUAUUGUCGCAGUCUGUAAUUUUAAUGGACAAGUCUUUGCUUAUCAGUUUUUGGAAAAUACAUUUAUAUAUUUAUAUCUUUUGUUAUUACUUUGUAAUGAAGCAGUUGCUGUGAGGAUGAAUGCAGAAUCUUUUUCCUCCAGACCAGUUGGUUCAAAGCAAUAAGAUGGAAUGGACAGUACAGAGGGUUUCGCAAGGUGCUUAUAAUGUGGUGGCAACAUGGCUCUCGGAAAUGUUCGACAAUCAGCACUAUCAAUAUGAAGUCAACAAAAUGUCUAUUUUAACAGUUUAUUUUUAUGCAUAUUGAGUCUUAGUCUUGUACUCUAUACACCUGGGCAUUAUUGUUCGAUCUGUCUGUUCCUAUUGAACUGUGCUCCGCUUUUCCAAGCAUCCCAUUUCUCAUUUUCUGAGUUGGUCAAUUAUUCAUAGUUGCUGAUUAAACUCCUUCACCCAUGACUUGUUUGCCUAGCACCGAUACAUGCAGAACAUUACUACUUUGUUAAUGCAUCGUCCCUUUGUGUUUGUUUUUUUUGCCUGUCAUGCAAAGUAUCCCUUGGUAUGUUUAUAUUGCAGGCUUCAUCUUCCAUAAUGCAAUUUGUAUAAAUCUUGGUAUCAUCUUG